AUGCCGCAGCUGGUCCGCUCCAUAUUUGGCCUUCCUGAUGGCAUUGACUUAUCCUCUAUUGAUUCUCCUCGCUCAAUCGAUGAUAUCCACUCCAAGUCGGCAACUUUUUUUUCAGUGCGUGUCGGUUCCUCCCAGUUCGACCCAGAUGUGCUUCGAGCCAUAGCUGUGCUUAAUGAUGGCAUCAGGGUCGACUGGGGGCAGUAUGCCCUCGACGUAGUGAAGGACUGCGCAGAUGGUGUCAAGCGUGAGCUGUUCAGCAUUCGUCGGCCCUCAUCUCUGGAUUUGUACGGAUGCUCCGCUUUAGUAACGAUAGUAUACCUUGUGAACACGGCAACUCCUCAGCCUCCUCGUUGGACUGCACGCGGCCCCCAAAUCAGGCAUUUUACGUAUCAGGUGUUAACCAGGCUUGACGAGGCCGACAAGCUUAGAAGGCUUGCAGUUGAUUCAUGGAGAUACAUGCACGCUGUCCAACAGGUUGUGCUCCAGCCUCCUCCUCACAAGCAGAUGAGCAAUAGCCUACCACCUCCUCAUUUUCCUACAGUUCCGUCGUCGUCAUUACCUCAGGUAGUUGUCGAAACUGGCAUUGCACCGGCACAAACCAAUCCGCAGGGCACAACAUGUGAUUUGUGCCCAAAUCAGGAGGCAUCUGAACCAAACUCCCCGCAGGAUUUGGCUCACAUUGACGGCAUCACCGUGGGUAAUGUCGAGCUGUCACCCGGCCUUAUCUCCAGUCCAAGCAACCAUGAUCAGGAGCAUGAUGCAUAGCUCGAACAACUUGAUGUUCCCCCGGCCACUGCAGCUCUCUCUUCUUUUACACGGCACAGGACGCCACAUACCAACAACCUUGAUAGAUUGUUAGAGACACCAGAGACCAGCAACUUUGAUAAGUUGGUACAAGCUGCCUGGUCCGCUGAGUUCCGCGAGUUGGAUUCCAAGGAAAAUCUCAUUCACCCGGCUUCAGUUAACCUAAAGCGCAAACGUAUGUUCGAUGGGGAUGACCUCGCAUCCAGCUCUCUCCACCCUUCUCCACCAAUCCCGCAAGCAUGUAUUGGCAGUCACAUUGCUCCCGCAGGUUUGACACCCACUCAUCUUAAUUCAUCACCUUUGCAGCCCAGUUUAAUAGGGACAUUGUUCGACCGCACCCCACUGGCUACUGUUAGAGGUUCGCGUUGCAUGUCUAAUACUACUCCCCCCAUAUGGACUCUAUUUGUUUGGAGUUUCAGUCUCUUGCCGAUGUUUUUAUGUAUGCUGCGCAACCAUAUUCAUUAAUAUCGCUCGCCAAUCUCAAAAA